AUGGCCUCUCCAGACCGUGUACCCGGGGAGGAAUACGAAUAUGAAGCGCUUCCUUCGGACUACACUCUUGCGCAUAAUAUGAUUGCGGGAGCUUUCGCUGGUAUCGCGGAGCACUCUGUUAUGUACCCAGUCGACCUUCUCAAGACCCGCAUGCAGGUUUUGAAUCCUUCCGCCGGUGGACUAUACACGGGCCUUAGUAAUGCGUUUACUACGAUUUCGCGGGUUGAAGGUUGGCGGACAUUAUGGAGAGGGGUAUCCAGUGUCAUUGUUGGUGCUGGGCCUGCGCAUGCUGUUUACUUCGGUACCUAUGAGGUAGUCAAGGAGUUUGCGGGAGGUAAUGUUGGGCAAGGUCAUCACCCAUUGGCAGCAGUCAUCAAACAACGGAUGCAAGUACAUGGUUCUACGCACAGGACUAUCUGGGAAUGCGCCAGAACUGUUUACCGUGCAGAAGGAAUGCGUGCUUUUUACGUAUCUUACCCAACAACAUUGUGCAUGACGAUACCAUUCACAGCGACGCAAUUCAUCGCAUACGAAUCCACGUCGAAGAUCAUGAACCCAUCCAAGAAGUACGAUCCGCUCACGCACUGCGUUGCUGGCGCGUUAGCUGGAGCAGUUGCGGCUGCGGUGACAACUCCCCUUGAUGUCAUCAAAACCGUACUCCAAACUCGAGGCCACGCAGCAGACGAGGAAGCUCGAACUGCCCGAGGCUUGUUCAAUGCCGCUGCGCUCAUUAAAAAGCAGUAUGGAUGGUCCGGAUUCAUCCGUGGAAUGCGACCAAGAAUCAUUGCCACAAUGCCAAGCACCGCUAUUUGUUGGUCCUCGUAUGAGAUGGCGAAGGCGUAUUUCAAGCGACACUACGGCGAGCACUCUUCCUAG